GUGUCUAUAAGGUAACCACACAUUGAGAGGACAUACACCACACCCACACAACUACACCCACACACAAACAAUGAGGACCUACGCUAGUCUAACGAUGCAAAUAGUGACGGCGGCACUGAUUAUAUUGAAACGCGAAGAAAUACACAAACAGACGGCCAGCCGUGACAAAUGGUUGGACUCAUACGACUACAUUGUAGUCGGUUCGGGAUCGGCCGGUGCCGUAGUGGCCAAUCGUUUGAGCGAAAAUCCUAAAAUCCAAGUUCUACUACUGGAGGCGGGCGGUCCCCAAAGUGUCGUUACCGAUAUACCCGAAAAUUAUAUACAAAAUUUGAACACCGAAUACGAUUGGGGCUACAAAAAUGUCCGCCAACCGGACGUUGGACUGGCCUUCCGUGAUCAGCAAAUACCGCAAAAUCGGGGCAAAGUAUUGGGCGGUUCCUCGACAUUGAAUGCCGUAAUCUUCAAUCGGGGCAAUCGUAAAGACUAUGAUAAUUGGGCAAAAAACUACGGGGCCUCGGGCUGGAGCUAUAAGGAAGUGUUGCCGUAUUUCGUGAAAUACGAAAACAAUACCGAUCCCCAGAUUGUGGCCGACAGUCCCGGCUAUCACGGAACCCAGGGUCCCGUACAGAUCAAAUCGUGGCCAUCGCCCGAACCGAUAAUGCUGUUGCAUCAGAAAGCCCUGAAUGAAUUGGGCCACAAGUCUACCGAUAUCAAUGGUCCGCAACAAGUGGGUACCAGUUUGAUGCAAACUUUUCAGCGACUGGACGGUAUGCGGUCGAGUACUGCCAACUCAUACCUGGAUCCCAAUCCCUAUCCAAAUAAUUUGCAUAUAGUUACGGGUGCGUUGGCCACUAAAAUAUUGUUCGGUGCGGUCAAGGGCUUAGAGGCCGAGGUAGUUGAGUUUCAUCGGGCGGGUAAACUUCAUCGGGUUAAGGCCCGACGCGAGAUUAUUGUCAGCGCCGGAUCGGUAAAUACACCGCAACUGUUGAUGCUGUCGGGUAUCGGACCCAAAAAACAUCUGAAAGACAUGGGUAUACCCGUCAAAGCCGACUUACCGGUCGGCGAAUUCCUUAAAGAUCAUCCGUCUCUCAGUCUGAAUACAUUGGUCAGAGAUGAACGUACAGUCAAUCCCGCCGGCGAACUAACCAUCCGACAGUUGCACCAGUUUUUCAAUAACGCUUCGGGACCACUGACCGAGUUUUUCCAUUCAAUUACAUACCUGAGCACCAAAUACAACGACGACAAAGAGUUUCCCGACGUAGCCUUCGAGACGAUAGUACAACGAUUCCCGGAGAGCCUGGAGGUGACAGUAGUCAAUGAGUACGAGGACAGGGCUAAAUGGGACAAAUAUUACGAGCCGUUUCUCGGAAAUUACUAUCUGUUUAUUCAGCCAAUACUCAAACGUGUCAAAAGUUACGGUACCGUCCGAUUGGUAUCCGCCGAUCCGUUUGACUAUCCGCUUAUUGAUCCCCGAUUUUUGUCGGACAAACGUGACUACCAGACCUUCUACGAGAUAACCAAAUAUGUACUGGAAUUUAUCGAACGUUCCUCGUUUAGUAAAUCGGUUGUCCCAUUGAAACCGAUACCCGGUUGCAGUUUUUGUCGACUAAAAAGUGCCCACAACUGUGACACAUAUAUCCGAUGUUUGAUUAGACAGAUAACCCGGACUGGGUAUCAUCCGGUGGGUACCACCCGAAUGGGUUCGCUUGAAAGAGACGAUGUGGUGGUCGAUCCGCGACUUAGGGUCAAAGGUGUCAAUCGGUUACGUGUUUGCGAUGCCUCCAUAAUGCCCGAACUGGUCAACGGUAAUACUAAUGCGGCAUCGAUUAUGAUCGGCGAAAAGUGUGCCGAUCUGGUCAAAGAGGACGCCGGCGGCGGACAGUAUAAGGACGAUAAGGGAAACGGUAGACAAUGGGAACGGGAGGGCAAUGAUGGUGAUGAACGGGAUAAUUAUAAAAAACCGUACGCCGAUAGACGGCCGAAAAAUAAUCGGUACAACGAUGAUGACAAUGAUGGUUACGAUAAUGAUCGGCGCCGCCCGGCCGGUGGUGGGGAUGAUGAUGGUAGGGUACGGUACCCCAGACCUGGCCAGCGAUACCCGACCCGUGGUUGAGAAACAAAAAAUUUGUUUUAAUUGAAUUUUAAUCGAUUAAUCUUAUAGUUUAGUCAAUAUAGAUAUAUAAAUAUA